ACUAUAGGCACUAUCACAACGUUGGCGACAGGAGCGAUACUGAUAGUCUAUGUAAAGUAUGCAUGUGGAAUGUUUCAAAUUGCUUGUUAUCGUAUCGAACGAGCAAUGUCAUUCGAAAUAUUACGAAAGAACUUGGAAAAUGAAAAUUUGAUUUUCAAGGGACUAAUUUAUGCUGUGGACAUGCAUCGCAAAGCUAUGAAAUUCUCUACCUCGAUAGUAUCUAAAUUUCAAAUAACGCUUUCCUUGUUAAUAAUAAUCGGCGUGAUUAGUGCAACGCUCAACAUAUUUCGGAUUUUUCAGAUGGUAUUACAAUUAAAAUACGAUGCAGUGGAACUUGCGAUACGUUUGCUGUACAACCUCGUCUAUUUCUCUUACUUACUUAUAGGGAAUUAUAUUGCGCAAGAAAUUAUUGAUCUCAAUAAUAAUGUGUUUAUUACUGUGUACAACGUUCAAUGGUACAUAGCUCCAUUGCAAAUACAAAAAAUGAUAUUAUUUGUCUUGCAAAGAAGUACCAAGGCGUUUAAUUUGAAUAUUGCUGGACUGUUCGUGGGAUCGUUAGAAGGUGCUGCUACGGUAAAGUGUUUGCUGGAGCAACUGCAGCAUAACUGUGAUGAAUUAAUUGAUGAAAAUGAAAUCAAUAUCAUGAAACAGUACGCUAUCAAUGCAAAACGUUACACGGCUGUACUUAUACGUAAAUAA